ACGAGACCCCCAGCUUAUGAGCUAAUCCUUAAAAGCUGGCCUCCUACCUUUUUGGAGCCUCAUCUUGCUCCUGACCUGGGUGUGGCCCCUGACCACCAAGCCUGUGCCCCAAGAGCCAUGCUGCUAUUCCUCACCGUGGCUCUUCUCUUCAGUCUUCCCUGCAGCGCCCAGGAAAUACAGGGCCCUGGCUUUGGGUCCUACUUCUAUAUCAAGGGCGAAGAGUUAGGUGAGAUCCAGGGCAUCCGAGUCUUCGUGGGGAUCCUGGGUCUCAUCAAGGGCAUCCAGCUGCGGUUCGGCGACCACUGGACCCCGCGCUACGGGGCUCCCGGCGGGCACGCGCAGGAGUUCUUGCUGCAGGAGGGCGAGCACGUGACCGCUGUGGACGGCAGCUCGCGCGCCUGCAUCUGGCACCUGCGCUGGACCACCAGCAGGGGGCGCCAGGCGAGCUUCGGGAGCGCGGCCGGCAUGAGGUUCAGCGCGCACCCUCCCUCCCCUGGCCAGCAGCUCCUGACUGUCAAUGGACAGCACUGGUUCUUCUGCCUCUCGGGAAUCGGCUUCAAGUGGGGGUUCGCCCCCCAGAAGAUGUCCUCCCAGGCACUCACUGUGGCGCCUCAAGAGCCGACCGCAGGCCUGAGGAAGGUCUCUGGCAUGGGCCUUCCCUUCCCACUGGGCUUCCCCUUCCAGAUGCCCAGACAUGCCUGAGAGACCAGAUGGCCCUGGGCUAGAUUCUGGAGGGGCCCUGGGCUGGAUCCCACAAGGCCACAGCGGCCCUGAAACCCCUAAUUGAAUAAAGUCUCU